GGGUACAGCUACCAGGAUCUACCUAGGGGGGGGGGACCUUCAAGGAGAUUGCGAUCAGGACGAGCCUCGACACAUGAUUGGUCGAGGGGACAUCGCUUCAAUAUGGACGAAACGUUUCGUCCCCCGCCUUAUGGGAUGAACGGCAUCACCGACCUUUUCGAUGGACCUCUGCAUAAGCUCAAUGUCCUCUUUUCAUCAUGUGCAAACGACCACGCACAAACGCAUCGGAUCGAGUACGUCGGGAUGACCCUCCACCAGGACACGUCAACGGGACCACAAGGCUUUCUAGUAACUCACGACUCACCUUUCCCACCUUUCAUUUCGGGCGGGGAUCUCGAGACUCUGGCUUUGGCGUGUGCACCUGUUCCCAGCCCAUACAUGCAUUCCUCUGCGCAUCCCAAAUUUGGAAAUCCGGAGACGGGCAAAAGGCUGGAGGGUCAUUAACGGAACGGACGACGAGCGACCGCUCGGCUGGUUCCGAUGCCAUUCGGCUCACGGCUAGAGUUGAGCAUCUUAUCGCGGACAGCAUGGCGGUGUGCGUGAAGGGUCAGGGGGGGGAAGGGGAUGCCGUAUCCCCUCAGCAGAUUCGUACAGCGCACAUACCACCCACUAGGCCUAUUUUGAAAGGCGAUCCCUGUUUCUGCCAGCCCGCUAGCCCCUAUAUAGUAGCCCCUGGUCAGUGCGGUGUACGAAUCUACUGAGAGGAUACGGUAUGCUGUUGGCGAUCGACGCGCUCGCCCCACCUCUCGAUGUUGCCU